AUGAAUCAAAAGCAACUCACGCAAUUACUGCCAGCAUUUAGACAGAAGGAGACCACUAAGUCACCCUUUGAGCAGCCCAGUGCGGAAGUCAUCGACGUCGCAGCCUUAGAUGAGGAGCGACGAGCUCACAGCCCGGAGAAUCGGAAGCGAAAGGCAGGCCUGAGGGACCUGAAAAAAAGGUCAACCAUUCAAGAAGCCCGGUCAGGAACCGAGGAUGAGUCGGCACCGGAGAAAACCCAUCCAGUGAACAGUAACAGAGAAAGAUCUACUGUCGAUAUAUUCAAGGGUAUUGUCUCCAAAGAGUUGGGUACCGACACAGAGCAUAUUAUCGACGUUGAAGCCCUCAAAGACAUCUGCUAA